AGGAUGUAGGAAUUGUUGUAAUUCCAUUUCCAAUAUCAAUCCAGGGAGCCAUUGCUGCUGCAUUUUGAGAAUUGAAUCUCCAAUCAACGACCACGUUUUGAUCAGGUGAUCUUUAACUUUUUAGUAUGUACUUUUUUGUUUAUGCAAUCGUAAAAUCUUCGAAUUUGUCGUUUUUCAUUUCGUUCGUCUUUUCAAGGAUUUCGUUUGAGUUAUCAUACAGCGAUUGAUUCGAAAGUCGAGGCAUUGGUUGUGUGAAUGUGUGUUGAUUAUUGGAAAACCAAAUCACAGAAGAAGAGCUUCAAUCUGAGCAUCUCAUAGCAAUGGAUCGGAUGAGGCAUAGGUAUGCGCCGCUGAAGAGCAAUCAAAACACCUCGAAUUAUGAGGCGCCAUCUUCUCCGGGGACUUCAUCUCCUUUUCUUCAUCACACACGUUCAGGCUCAGCUUCAAAUGCAAGAAAACCGCAGAACACGAAAGCCGCUGCUCAGAGGCUUGCGCAGGUUAUGUCGAAUCAAACGGCUGAUGAUGAUGAUGAGGAGGAGGAUGAUCUUUUGUUUGACUCUGCUUCUGCCAAUCUUUCGGCUGGCAUUGGACUUGCAGGAGGAAGAUCAACUAGAAAUCGCUCUCCAAUGACAGUUCGUGCAUCCAUGGAACAAUCUGCAUCUGCCGUACGUUCAGCACCGAGGCGACCCUCUCCAACUAGUUCUUCAUUAGAACAACCUUCAUCUGCUCGCUCAACUUCUGCUACACGGGCAUCUCAGCAGAGUUCAGUAGACCAACCUCGUUCAUCUUCUGCUACUCGAGCAUCCCAGCUGAGCUCAGUAGACCAACCUCGUUCAUCUUCUGCUACUCGAGCAUCCCAGCUGAGUUCAGUAGACCAACCUCGUUCAUCUUCUGCUACUCGAUCAUCCCAGUUGAGUUCAGUAGAGCAUCAUUCACCUGCUCGUUCAACUUCAACAAUUCGGUCAUCCCAGUUGAGUUCUUCAGUAGAGCAACCUUCACCUGCUCGUUCAACUUCAACAAUUCGGUCAUCUCAGUUGAGUUCUUCAGUAGAGCAACCUCCAUCAGUUUAUUCUUCUCAGGCUGCCCGCUCAUUACAAUCCACAAACUCUGUAGAACCGGUGCAGCCUCUAUCUGCUCGGUCAUCUCAUCUUAACACAGUUGAACAACCUCGUUCUACAUCAACUAGCCGUCCUAAUUUAGGAGUCAAGGCAGUUCCUUUAGUACCUUCAUCUGUAUCUAUAUCACUCAGGACAGGUGUUUCACAAACUCCUGAGCUUCAAUCUGACAGCCGGAAGGAUAAAAGGUUAUCACUAGACUUGGGAACUUUUAAGCAUAAAGAACCUGUUGCUCGAACAGCUUCUUCUGCUCUACAAGAUGAGCUUGAUUUGCUUCAUGAGGAAAAUGAAAGUUUACUUGAAAAGCUUCGACUUGCAGAAGAGCGUUUUGAGGAAGCUGAAGCCAGGUCUAGGCAACUUGAGAAGCAGGUUGCAAACCUUGGGGAGGGUGUUUCACUAGAUGCUCGUCUCUUAAGCAGGAAGGAGGCUGCUCUACAGCAAAGGGAGGCUGCGCUAAAAGUUGCAACACAAUCUUUUGGUGGAGGUGGAAAAUGUGAAGAGGUUGACGCCCUUCGAGCAGAGGCUGAGAAUGCAAAGGAUGAAGCAGCAUCUGUUUUUGAGAAACUCAAUCAAGCUGAGUGUAGUGUCAAAUCUUUGCGAAACAUGAUGAAAAGAAUGAUACUCACCCAGGAGGAAAUGGAAGAGAUUGUUCUCAAGAGGUGCUGGCUUGCUCGAUACUGGGGCUUAUGUGUCGAUCAUGGUAUUCAGUCUGAUAUAGCUGCAGCAAAGUAUGAAUACUGGUCAUCCUUUGCCCCUCUUCCACUUGAAAUUGUGUUGGAAGCAGGACAGAAUGCAAAAGAUGAAAAAUCAUUAGUUUAUGAUGAUACGGAUGAAAGGGAAAAACUCCGGCUGGAUGUUGAACUUUCAUCAGAAGGAUGUGUUGAGAGCAUGUUGUUAGUAGAUAGAGGUCUUCGAGAAUUGGCGUCCCUCAAGAUUGAGGAAGCAAUAACUCUUUCUAUGGCCCAAAAACGAAGGCCAAGUGCCCUAAAGUCUAGUGCAACAGAUGACUUGAAGCUGCCAAAUGAAGCUCAGGAAUUUGCAGAGACAUUUCAGUUAAGCGAAGAGGAGUCGGAGGAUGUACACUUUAAACAGGCUUGGCUGUUGUACUUUUGGAGAAGGGCAAAGAACCAUGGAUUGGAAGAAGAUAUUACAGAAGAGCGAUUGAACUUCUGGAUCAACCAAGGUGAUCAGCCACUCGACUCACAGGAUUCAGUUAACGUGGAGCGCGGUCUUUUGGAGCUCAGGAAACUGGGGAUCGAAGUGCAGUUAUGGCAAGCGUCUCGCAAAGUAAUAGAUCCUGAGACUACCAGCAAAAUGUUGAAGGAUAAUGACUUUUGAGACUAGGUUGAACUUCCCCUUUCCCCUUUCGUUUCUGCAACUUAUGUGUAAUCUUUAGCACAUUCAUUCAUGUGCUGGGUGGUUUAUUUAUUGAGUCAUAUAACAGUCCUUUCGUAGCUAGAUACAUACUGCAACACUUAAGUUCUCCCUUUCUUUCAGAAAUAAAUAUAAUAGGGCAAUUUUGUUUUUAAAUUUUGUGUUUGAAAGAAGUGUUGCACUAUUUAUUUGCCCAAUUUGAAUAAUUAGUUCAACUGUAGCCAUUGUUUAUAUUUAUUUGUAAAUUGAUGACUAUGACUUAAAUUAGUCACUUAUAGUUUAA